AUGCCGGCUCUGGCAAGCGAUACGUUCGAUUUGCCUCUGGCAAAGAGGCAAAAGACGGUCAUUGACCAGGCACCUCGUGCAUCGUCUCGAGGAGGCUCUAAAAUCUUCGCGCCAUUCCGGACACUAGGACUCGUAUCGCCAACAUCAGUCCCCUUUACUUGUGUGCGCCUAGGCAAAUCCACCUUUCAAAUCACCACCUCCGUCGGCCAAUCCCUGCAGACCUACGACGUGCGCAAAGGCUUGAAUCUCAUCUUCUUGACUCGUCCGCAAACCCCGGAUUCCAUCACAGCCACGUAUGCCUGGCAAGAUAAGGUCUUUGCGGCUUGGGGCCACCUUCGGCCUCGGUCUCCCGGUGGCAUCUGGGUGUUCAAGCGCGGUAAGCGCGUGGCAUCUCUAGAUAGCCCUGGACUCGAUGCGCCCAUUGAGCGGCUCGCAGUCUUCGGAUCCUGGGUAGUCGGUUGCUGGGCAGGUGGUCUGGAAGUCUGGAAGACGGGCACCUACGAGCAUUAUGCGAGUCUGCGACCCCGCCCGAGUGCGGGCGCGUCGGGAGAUCAGAUCUACUCCGGCGUCAUGUGUACCAUGCCCACCUAUCUCAACAAGGUCUUCGUCGGUCGGAAUGACGGUGCCGUCGAUAUUUGGAACCUACGCAGCGGAAAGCUUCUCCACACUCUCCAGCCACCGUCCGGUUCAUCGCAGACGUCGCCUGUGACGGCUAUGCAGCCAACCCCGGCCCUGUCUCUCCUCGCCAUUUCCCACAAGGAUGGCUCCUUGGCCAUCCAGAAUGUCGACUCCGAACAAUUGGUCUUGUCGUUGAGAACUGGCGCCGCUCGAACUGCCGCAGUCACUUCGAUCUCGUUCCGAAGCGAUGGGCUUGGCGCGGGCCACGAUGGCCGGAUGGCCGGUGUCAUGGCCACGGCCGCCAGCGGAACUGGAGACAUCACAAUGUGGGAUCUGAACAAUGGUGGCCGUGUGGCCGGCAUCCUUCGCGGAGCUCACCGAGUAUCGAACACUGAAGCCGCGAUGGGUGUGAAUCGAGUCGAAUUCUUGGACGGGCAACCAGUUUUGGUCUCAUCCGGUGAUGAUAACGCUUUGAAGACGUGGAUCUUCGACGAGACUCCGUUCUCACCCAUUCCACGGCUGCUGCACUCUCGCGCCGGCCAUUCGGCCGCCGUCAACGCCCUCGACUUCCUCCCAGCAUCUUCGGAUGGAUCUGAUUCCGGUGGUAAAUGGCUUCUCAGUGCCAGCAAAGACUGUAGUAUGUGGGGACUCAGUCUUCGGAAAGACAGUCAGAACGCAGAAAUGUCCCAGGGCAAUUUGGAGCGCAAGGCCAAGAAGAUGGGCCCGUCCGACCAGUCCAACGCUACCUCGGCUGAGUCGCUGAAGGCACCCGAGAUCACCUGCAUCGCUAGCUCGCUCAACCGUGACGGUGGAAUGGGUGUCUCUACCGCGGGCCCGGUAUGGUCUAACCCCAAGUUUGGCAGCACGGAUGCCUCUAAUGCCACUGGCUGGGAGAGCGUCGUUACCGGUCACCGGGGCGACAAACAUGCUCGCACCUGGUUCUGGGGCAAGAAGAAGGCGGGACGCUGGGCGUUUGCGACCAGUGAUGGAACUGAAGUCAAGAGCGUUGCCAUGUCUCAAUGUGGCACUUUUGCAAUCAUCGGAUCGGCUGGGGGUGCUAUCGACAUGUUUAAUAUGCAGUCGGGUCUUCAUCGCCAGAGUUUCCCUCCUCGCAUGCCCAAGUCCCGAAAUGCCAAGUUGCACUCCGUAGACCACUCAGCAUCGAAGCAUACCAAGGCCGUCACGGGUCUCAUGGUUGAUAGCUUGAACCGGACGGUGAUCAGUUGUGGCCUGGAUGGCAAGGUCAAGUUCUGGGAUCUUCUCAAGGGCACCUUGAUCGACCAGCUAGACUGGUACCCCAUGACAGCGAUCACCGGGCUCCGCUUUAGCAAGACCAGUGAUUUGGUCGCUUUUAGCUGUGACGACCUCUCCAUCCGCGUAGUGGAUCUCGAGACCCGAAAGCUCGUUCGUGAGUUCUGGGGUUGCGUGGGCCAAGUCAAUGACUUCAUCUUUUCCAAUGAUGGGCGAUGGAUCGUGGCCGCCUCGAUGGAUUCAGUGAUCCGAGUGUGGGAUCUGCCCACCGGGCAUCUCAUUGAUAUCUUCCGAGUUUCGAGUACUUGCGUUUCGCUGGCAAUGUCCUCGACGGGCGAGUUCCUUGCCACUGCCCAUGCUGGAAGCAUCGGAAUCAGCCUUUGGAGUAAUCGCAGUCUGUUCAUGCCCAUCUCCACCAAGAAUUUGGAUGAGGAUGCCAUUGAGGACGUCAGCGUGCCCACUUCAUCUGGUGAAAGCGGCGCAGGACUUGUGGAAGCGGCAUUUGUGGAUGCACCAGAAGUGGACGAGGCAGAUGGACCGGUGCUGGUAACAGACCAGCUCCAGAAGGACAUGGUCACUCUGAGUCUGGUUCCCAAGAGCAGAUGGCAAGCACUGCUUCACCUUGACUCUAUUCGCGAACGCAAUCGCCCGAAGGAAGCACCAAAGGCUCCCGAGAAGGCACCGUUCUUCCUUCCCUCCCUUCUCGGCUCUGGCAACUCGCAGUCCGCCAAGGACACCGCUGCGGCUGAUGCAGCAGAGUUGGAAGCCCUGACUCAAAGCGCCGAGGCCGAAAGAUCCCGAAUCUCCAAAGUCCAGUCCGGUGCCCUGGGCUCCUCCGAAUCCCCCAUCACCCGGUUGCUGGAGUCUGUGCAUCGCUACGGUACAUUUGACCCACUCAUCGAGCAUAUGAAGUCUCUCUCGCCCGCCCGGGCUGAUUUGGAGAUCCGCUCUCUGGACCCUCGAGUCCGCAAUGGCUUUUCAGAGUUGGCAACCUUUGUCCAGGCUCUCACUGCGCGUCUCAAGCUGCGCAGAGAUUUCGAGCUGGUUAACGCCUGGAUGGCGGUGCUUUUGAAGAUUCACGCCGAUACGGUGGGACUUUGCUCCCAUCGGGAUGAGCCUGAGUACCGGCUUCUGCGCGAGGCUUUGACCUCCUGGGCUCGCGAACAGCAGCAGGAAGGCGAGCGUUUAGCUAGCCUUGUUGGAUAUUGUCGGGGUGUUGCAGGAUUCCUCCGAUCCGCUCGCUGA